CAAAAGCUAGAAUACACCGAAUGUACAAAAGGUGGUUACCAUUAAGGCGAAAAAUUAAAUUAUGUCCUCUUAUCAUCUACAUAAAAAGAGGAUUUACUUGGAUGUGCCUUAUGUGCUGAAGAAAAUCCUUAAAAAAAACAAGAAUGGAAGCCUUUAAAAAUCGUACUUAGCCAAAUUCUCAAAAAGCUUUCAAAACAAAAAAGCCGAGAGCCCAUAAACAUUGACGAAAUAACGAGUGAAUUAGAAGCUCAAGAAAAAAAUACAAAAGCAUAAAUUGAAAAUAUCCAAUAAAAUUUCCAAAAAGUCAUUUCUUAAUUCCAAGAGCAUUAAGCAAUGUUUUUUUCCAAAAUAAAAGACUAAAUUCUGACUCAAGGACAGCAAAAUGAAAACACUAUAAACGAACUUUUAAAUAACAUAUACGAUUUUGAAUCCAAAGAAGAUUUAUUCAGGAACUCCCUUUUAAGACUAAUAAAUAUUUUCCCAUAAAGUGAAUUCGAAGAAUCCGAAAAUAAUGAUGAAAACGAUAAUCCUUGUUCUUUUUUGAAUACUGACUCUUUAAAGAAUAAUAUUUCUUUUUAAAUAAAAGACUUCUCCAAAUAACUCGAAAAAUACCAAAAAGAUUUCGAUGCAUUAAAUCAAGUUUAAAAUACUUAAGUAUAACAAUAAAUCUAAAACAUAGACGUUUUAUUAAAAUUUUAAUUUUCACAAACAUUAAAACACCCCUAAAUAACUACUAUAAAUAAAAAUAGUGUAAAAUCUACUGGAACUUCUCCUAAUUAUCGUUUUGCAUUAAUCGAACCUGAAUUUCCAAGUAAUAAAGUUACUAAAAUAGCUUUAAGGAUAAAACAAGGUAAUGCUGCAAAUAAUAAUUGGUUAGCUAUAGGUGUAUGCCUUAAAAAUGUGAUUCAUGCAAAAAACUAUGGAUUCUAAUUCAAUUAAUUAGGACAUGGAGCUUAUAUGAUUUCCUCAAAUGCAGGAAGUUGGUCUAGUAGUUAAGUACAAGCAAACAAUUGUAUAAAAUCAUUUGCCUUUGCAAAAAAUGAUGUGGUUAUUAUUGAAUAUGAUCCGUUAGAAAAAAUCGUUAAAUUUUAUAAAGAAAAUAAACCUGAAUCAAGAUAUAAAUUGGAGGUUUUGAACGUUGAAAAUGAACCGGUUUGUGCUUGUGUGUUAUUUUAUUAUUUAUAAGAUGAAGUUGAAUAUCUUUAUAAUUAUAAAUUUUAAUAAUGACAUCUUUAAAUAC